AUGGAGAGAGAGAUUACAAUAGUCACUACCAAUGCGACUCCACCAUGUCCCGUCAGUCCACUGGUCUUCUAUAACAAUGUUUUUUCUGAUGUUUCCUUGAGUCCGCACAGUCUGGGCCUGCUUGGCUCUCCCUUAACUGCCACAUCUGCUCACCCCAAGUCAACUCCUGCCCGCUUUCUGCCUGCCAUCAGCCCCAUGGCUUCGAGCUACAAGAACCGUGCUCCUCGCUACGCCGUGCCGCAGAGCUACGGCCUCCCCUGGAUGCCCAGAGCCUACUAUAAGGCCGCUGCCACCCACCCCACUCUGGCUCCCUUGUCUGGCACCUGCCAGGGCUUGAGCCCCAGCGAGAUGCUGCCUUCUGUGUCAAACAGAACGGCGCUUUUCACCCGCUACAGCCCCGGCGACUGGUACCGCUCCAACCAGAGCAACUACCACGAGGCGGAGACGUCCCGGCGCAAGGCGGAGCUGCUGACGGCUGAUACCUCCCGCCUGGUGCAGGACAAAUACCAACAGACCAGCAAGAGCCAGGCAGACAACACAAAGAAGCUGGGGCAGCGAGUCAGCGACAUUGAGUUUUGGAAGGCGGAGCUCUGCCACGAGCUGGCAGAGAUCAUCAAGGAGAGCGAUGCCCUGAGAGAGACGAAGGCACGGCUGGAGAGAGCUCUGGCCGAGACAGAGGCCCCUCUCCAGGUUGCUCGGGAGUGCCUCCUGCAGCGGGAGAAGAGGAUGGGCAUCGACCUUGUCCAUGACGAGGUGGAGAAAGAGCUUUUAACAGAAGUGGAUGGCAUCAGGGCCUGCCAGGAGAGGACACGGCUGUUCCUGGAGAAGGCAAAAGCCCAGCUCAUGACCAACCGGGCAGCCCAGCACGAGCUGGAGAAGGACCUGGCCAACAAGCAGGCAGCCCGCCGCAUCGACGGCAAGUGCCACCAGCUGAGGAGCUGCUCCGACGGCAUCAGCUACUACCACGGGGUGCAGCGGGUGGAUGCCACCAUCUCCGUGCCCGAGUCGUGGGCCAAGUUCAGCGACGACAACAUCCUCCAGUCGCAGAGAGAGCGGGUGGCCUCCGCCCAGCUGCGGGACUCCAUCGAGAACCUGAUGGAGGUGACGGCCACCGAGAUGCGGUGCCAGUUCAACGGGGUGAACGUGGCCCUCACCAACCGCAUCGCCGAGAUGGCCGAUGCCAAGAACAAGCUUCGGGCCCACCUGGCCAAGACGCUGAAGGAAAUCUUCCGGAUGGAGAUGACCAUCGAAGUGCUCCACAAAGCCAUCAGGGACAAAGGGCCCCCGAUGAAAGUGGCUCAGAGCCGGCUGGACGAGCGCACGCGGAGGCCACAGAUGGAGCUGUGCCAGGACCCUGCCCAGCUGCGCCUCGUCAGCGAGGUGCGUGAACUCGACGAGACUCUGCAGAGCCUGCAGCAGCGGCUGCAAGAGGCCGAGGACAGCCUGCAGAGGCUGGUUCAUGCCAAGGCCACGCUGGAGCACGACCUCUCUGUCAAGGCCAACUCGCUCUUCCUGGACCAGGAGAAGUGCCUGGGGCUACGCAAGGCCUUCCCCAGCACCGCGCGGCUGCUCGGCUACGUGUAG